AGGCGAACCUGUUCUCAAAUGCCUGCAGCAAGGCUGUAUGUUGGAGUUGACCAGUGGGUAUUCUACUUGCUUGCAGAGUGGAGCUGUUGUCGCUUCUCUGCGUCGCCCCUAGCCGUGGGUCACCGUCGUCAUGGGGCAGAACCACCUGAGGAUUUGUUCAUAGCAUCUUGGGAAACUGCUUGCCGUGGUGUACUGCUUGGACAGAACCCACUGACCAACAAGACCAAGACGAAGGUUCGAACCAGCAGCCUAUAGGAUGGCUAGAGAAGGACCCGAGCUUUGUCACCGUUAUCAGCUACCACGUCAUCAGGGUUGUUGGUCCGCUCCCAGGAACGCGACCGUCCAACCCUCCUCAGCGCGGUCCGACCAUGACCAUGCCGUGGAGUCGAACACACGGUCAGGCGACUGCUUGAGGAGAAUCAGUUCAUCAGCAACAUGUGUAAUCGUGGCCAUGUGACUUGGUUUGAGAACGAGCUCUUAGCUGCAUGGUUUUAAUGUUCGUGCAUGAGUUGUUUUUAUUUAAUUACGUAGCAUUGCUGAUUGCUUGAUGCUUGUGUGCUGUGUGACGGACAGACUAACGCGGUUGUCAAGUUGUGGCGACAAUGACUGCAGCAAUCCGCAACAAUUGGCUGGUGCUCAUCUUGUCCACCGUAGCGCUGGCAUCCACUAUAAUUCUUGCAGACAAAUCUUCAGAGUUCGUCAAGGGGAAAAUCUGCAUCGGGACAAACGGGCGGAUGUCAGUUCCAUCGAACCGGGAGCACCACUACAGGAAUCUCAGGGACCGGUACACCAACUGCACAUAUGUGGACGGCAACCUGGAACUCACGUGGCUUAAAGACGAGAACCAGGACCUGAGCUUCCUGCAGUACAUCCGCGAGGUCACAGGCUACGUGCUCAUCUCGCACGUGGACGUGCCCCGAAUCGUGCUGCCCCGCCUGCAGAUCAUCAGGGGCCGGACCCUCUUCAAACUGAACAUCUAUGAUAAGGACUUCGCCCUUCUCGUGACACUCUCUAAGAUGAACAACCUCGAGAUGCCAGCGCUAAGAG